ACCUCAGAACGCUACCUAUUGCUGUUAUUGCCGGGCACCCCAAAACAUUGUAAGGUACAAUCUCGCUACCAUUUAUCUGCCACUAGCAAAUCAACAACCAUGUUAUACAUUGUUCUCGUCACAGUCCUACUUGCGGCUGACAGUGGCGUCGAAUGUACAUCAUGCCCUGAUUGUGAAAACACGUUCAACUCAGCCAAAGACUUAAAAAAUGUGCCAGGUAGUUGCAUGUCUUGGAAGGCCUACCUGACAUGCCUGGAGACUGCUACAGACAACUGCCCCCAGGGCAGUGGCCAGGUGGAGGAGAUCGGUAACUUCUACGAUUUGAUCAGUCAUAAUUGCUCCCUGACUGAUGCCUGUGUGUGCCAGAAGGGUUACUGGGAAACACAUCUCACAAGUACAGACAAUGCAAACUGCAACGCAGCUAAAACUCGCAUCUCCUGUUUGAGAGGAAAGACGGAACUCGCCUGUGACGACACAACGUCAGUAGCAGGGCUCGCUACAUCAACUGAAACGUUCAUCGGAUCAUUCAGUACCUGCAGCAUAGACGCCGGAUCAGCAUGUGAGUGUGAACUCAACUACGUUAAAGCAGAUGUCAGUUCAGAAAGCAUGUUGUGCACAGAGACCAAGCAAUUCAUCAGUUGUCUGGCAGGGCUUCCUGGGACGGUGUGUAUGACAACAACUGUGGCAGAGGCGGUUGUUGCUGCAGAAACAACAAUCAGUAACAUCCCUGGCAACAUAUGUGCUGUAAAAGAAACAGCAUGUGCGUGUGAGAUAGCCUAUGCCAAGUCCGACAUCGGGGACGACACCAAGAAGUGCUCUGAAACCAAAGUGUUCAUUGGAUGUCUGCGAGGAACAACUGGAACCGGAUGUACUGGGACUGAGAUUGUCCAACUGAUCACGGGAGCCGAGACAAAAUUGACUGGUAUCCCUGACAGUGCAUGUGCGUUAGGCAACACAGCGUGCGGCUGCGAAGUAACAUAUGCGAAAGCUGACGUCACCAGCCCGGCCAGCCUGUGCACCGAGACGAAGGCAUUCAUAGCGUGUCUGGCCGGAAAGAGGGACAGGGGCUGUAACAUGAGCGUAUCUGUGGAAAAGCUGGCCACAGAAGGGGAGACAAUUCUGAAAGGAAUCGGAACUGAGUGUAAUAUAACCGAAACAGCAUGUGCGUGUGAGAUCGCCUAUGCCAAGGCCGACGUCAGUGACGACACCAAACUCUGCACUGAAACAAAGAAGUACAUCGGUUGUUUGAAAGGUAAAACCGGAACUGGAUGUGACGGAAGUUCAUCGAUAAAUAAGAUUGUGACGGUGGCCGAAACAACUCUGGGCAAUAUCACCGGUGGAGUUUGUAGUUUGGCAAAUACUCCAUGUGGCUGUGAGACAGACUUUGCCAAGGCCGACGUCAGCAACAGCGAUAAACUUUGCAAUGAGACCAAGGCAUUUAUCUCCUGUCUCGCGGGAAAAUCUCAGACCGGAUGUGACGGCAUGACAAGUGUUGCUCAGUUGGCAACUUCAGCGCAGGCUGCCCUGGCAACCACUAGCUGUAGUUUCCCGGAUGGAUCAGCAUGUGCGUGUGAACUGAAUUAUACGAAGGCUGAUAUGAGCACCAGCAGUCUGAAAUGCACAGCUCUUCGGGAUUUUCUUGGCUGCCUGAUCGGAACAUCCGGAACCGGAUGUGACGGAAGUACAACCCUGCGCACGCUCGCGUCUAACAUUGACACCAGCAUGACAGCGUUGGGCGACACAGAUUGUCCCAGCAAAUCCAACUGUGCGUGUCAGAUCGCCUACAUCACGGCUGAUAUCAGUGACAACUCCAAGAAAUGCACUGAGGUCAAGAAGCUAACUUCAUGCUUUUUAGCGUCUGUCGCCAAUGGCUGCGGCUCCGCAACGACCCAAACGUACAUCGGCAAAAUUGUAGAGUCGACAUUCACUGACAUUGGUCCAAGCGACUGCCCGGUUACUUCCACAUGCCAAUGUGAGAUCAAUUUCAACAAAGCCGAUAUCAGUGACAGAUCUACCACGUGCAAAUCUCUGAAGGAGCUGUUGCGUUGCCUGGAGGCUGUGACGGAAACAACUGACCCUGUAUGUGACGGCAGCAAGUUGAAGGAGGAUCUCCUCACAGCGUCAAUGUCAUCUCACUUGGACCUCUGCUCAUCAGGUGGCUCGACGGAUUCUUCGAUCCUGAGUUUGCUCCUCCUGACUAUAGCAUCCAAGCUGUUGCUGCCACAGUUGCAUGAGUAGUAAACACACAAAUACUUAGUAGUUUUUUACGUACUUGUUGUUGGAAUGAUUAAGCAGAAUGGGUAUUUUUAUUUAUUUUUUGGGGGGUGGGGGUGGGUGUCUGCAUGUACAUUUAUAACUGAAAACCUUUCCUUGCGGUGAAGGGUACGCACCCCCUGUAAACUCUUGUUUCUCGAGAAUGCUUCGAAUUGUGUGUUAUAUUUAUUGAAUCAGAGGAACAGUCAUGUUUACUGUAUGCAUGUGAAAAGACAAUAGAAAUGUGUUAUUCCUUGUAAACGCACCUCCACACGUUCAUAACUACAGUUUUAGCGGGCACGGGUGACCCAGUAGUUUAAGACGCCAUCAUUCGCUGUAUAAAGUUGCGUCGCUUGGGUCACGCCAGAAACCUAGGAUCGUGGGUUCGAAUCCUGGUUAGCCCCGAUUAUGUUUCUAGGUUUGUCAGCAUCAAACCCCUGGAUUUCCGUGAAGUGGUAAACGUCUGAGACCUGCGUCACUUCGGGCUUUCUUCCAACAUCAAGCAGGCCACGCCGUGAUAUAACUGGAGUACUGUUUAAAGCGGCGUUAAACCCAACACAUCUAUCUCACUCACCUUUCAGUAUUAAAAUGUAAAGACGUCACAAUAUAGAUUGUGUAACGUCUAAGGAUAUAAGUGUGUGUCGGGCGUAACAAUCUUCCCAGCCAAUGACCCUGUAUCCCCGAUGAUCAACUUUGCCCAGGUCGUGUCAAUGUUUGCAGUUGCUGACUUAUGACAUGAUCAAAGAGCACAGACGUUUGGCUAAAACGAGUGAAACAUAUUUGAUUAAACUAUGAGCAGGUUUACGAUCCGACGUGUCUUUACAGCAUGUCUGUUCGUGUCUCCUUGGGAAAUCAGCUCUCGUGUUUAAAUAUUAGAAACAUGCAACCUGAUAACUUUUGCGAUCCGCCUUUGUUUACAUGUUACUCCCCUACGUUGUUAAGGUUACAAGUACAACUAUGUAGGCGUUGAAUUAAGUUUAAUAAAGUUUACAAUGAAUCCUA